AAAAGCAAGAGGAGAGAAAAAGAGAAAGCAAAAAGGAAGAAAGAGAAAGAUCUUUUUAAGGCCACAAGAGAGUGUUGUGGCUGAGAAUUCAUGUUAGCUUCUGAUGUGGCAAAAACCCAACACCCUCCCUCCUUCACCGGAUCUCCUUCAACCUCAACGUGUCACCCUUCUCUCUUUCUCUCUCUCUACGCUUUUUCAGUUUUCUCUCCUUUUUCUCCUUCUCUUCUCUCUCUCUUUCUCUCUCUUUCUACACAAAAACCAAUAAAUAAAUAAAAGGAAAAGAAGAAAAAAAAAAACAGAGACAUGUCGGAAGUUGCAAAGGACCCUGCGAUCAAGCUCUUCGGGAAGACGAUCCCGGUGCCGGAGAUUCCUACCGGAUCCGGCGACCUCACCGGAGCUCCGGAACUCUCGUCCGUUGAUGACAGUGUUGAUCAGAAUAACGCCUCUUCCACGAACUCUACCAGCAGCAGCGAUGCACAUGAGCUAGAAGAAAUUGAUAACAAGGAUACUUUGGUAAAUAAACCGGAUGAAAAGAAGGAAGAAGUAGUGCCCCUGCAAUCAUCAGAAAUUGUCAAUCCGGAUACAACGUCUGCGGCAGGUGAAGAAUCUGUUAGUCCGUCCACUGAGAAAGAAGCGAUGCCCUUGAAAACUUCCAAGACUGAAGAAGAACAGUCUGAGACAAGUAAUUCACAAGAUAAGACCCUCAAAAAGCCAGACAAAAUUCUGCCGUGCCCCCGCUGUAAUAGCAUGGACACCAAGUUCUGUUACUACAACAACUAUAACGUCAACCAACCCCGCCACUUCUGCAAGAACUGUCAGAGAUAUUGGACUGCUGGCGGAACCAUGAGGAACGUGCCUGUAGGUGCCGGUCGCAGAAAGAACAAGAACUCUGCUGUUCAUUAUCGUCAGAUAAAUGGCCCCGAAGGAGCAAUGCAAAAUAAUAGGAAAGACUUGCCAAAUGGGGUCCAUCAUCCUCCUUUGAUGUGCAACGGCACGGUCCUUACAUUUGGGUCUGAUGCACCCUUGUGCGAAUCAAUGGCAUCUGUUUUGAACCUUUCUGAAAAAACUGCACACAAUUACAUGAGGAAUGGAUUUGCUAAGCCUGAAGAGCUAAGAAUUCGGGUUCCCGGUGCGGGUGGAGAAAAAGGAGACGAUCAAUCCAAUAAAUCGUCGGUUAGCUCUGCAAAACCGAUGGGAGGUACAACCAAUAGUAAUUCCCAAGAACAAUCCAUUCAGAAUGGUCAUAGCUUCACACCACAAAUUCCCUACUUUCCCGGUCCCCCUUGGACUUUCCCUUGGAAUCCGGCUCAGUGGAACUCUUCGGUACCACCACCUGCUUUUUGCCCACCGGGAUUUGCCAUGCCUUUCUAUCCUGCAACGGCUUAUUGGGGUGUCUCAGGUGCAUGGAACAUGCCGUGGCUAGCACAACCAUCAUCGCCAAAUGCUGCAGCCACAAACUCUGGGCCUAACUCCCCAACCUUGGGCAAACAUUCAAGAGAAGAAAACAUGUUUAAAUCAAAUGAGCCGGGUGGUGAGAAUGAGGACAAACAAAGCAAAGAGAAUCACAAAGAAAAGUGCCUUUGGGUUCCAAAAACACUAAGAAUUGAUGAUCCAGAAGAAGCAGCAAAAAGUUCUAUAUGGACUACACUCGGAAUCAAACAUGAUAAGGAUGACUCUGUUCUUGGGGAAGGACUCUUCAAACCAUUCCCUUCAAAGUACCACGAAAAGAGUCAUCCGAUGCAAGCCUCGCCUGUCUUGCAGGCCAAUCCGGCAGCAUUGUCUAGGUCACUAAACUUUCGCGAGACUUCAUAAUCAUGUAGCUUAUAAUUUUAUGUUGUGUUUGUGAGUGCAGCAAAACCCAAUUCGGCAUCGUUGAUCGAACCAUUCCAAACUUCGCCAGCCUUGUUUGUUAAGAGUUACUAGUUCUUGUUGUUAGCCAACUGAAGAAGAGCAGAGGAAGAUUCUUCCUUCAUUUCUUUCCAUGGAAUUUUCUUAGGUUAUGUGUAGGCAGUUCUUACUCUCUCACCUUUUCAUUCAGAUGGUUUUUUCUUAGUUCUUUGUAAAUAUAAGUUCAUAGAUAUGGCUUAGUGAGACAUAGUGAGUUCAUUUUGCUAGACCCUUCCCAAAGAUGUUUGUAUAUAAAUAAGAACAGGAGAGUUCAAGUUGAACUUCUUGUUCUGGUUUCUUUCAGAUUGUAACUAUGCUUUACAUUGACUCAGCCAGUGUGCUUUGGUUUUUUUGUAGGUUUGUUAAUGUAGAAACUACUUUCAUUCAUGCUUCCUACUUUGAUUUAUCAUCUCAAGUCA